AUGGACACUGUUGAGGAGAAAAGUGAAAUUUCAAGAACCAUAGAAAUUUUGAACGCUACUAAUAGUGUUACGUUAGAUAUACCCUUACCUUCAAAUCUUGAUUCAGCAAAUGAUGAUCAUACUCCUAUUGAUGUACAAAAUAACACCAAUAAAUUGAAUGCACAUUUUUGCGAACAUAUUGAUCAGCUAAAAGGACAGUGUAAGCAACGGGCUAUAAAUGGCUUUGUCUAUUGCAUCAGGCACAUACUUUUGGAUCCAAGUGCUCCUUACAGGCCCUUUGCACUAAUGCUAUCCGUUCAGCAUCUUCAGAGAUCUACUGUUCAACCCAUCUAA